UGCAGAACUUUCCCCCUGAAAAUCCCUGCACCAGAACCAGCCCUCCCGCCCCGGGGAGGUUUUGAUUUAAGUGGCUUUCCUUCCUUUUAUUUUCUGUUGGGUGCGACUGUAAGUUUUGGCUGCAGAGCGAACUUGCAGCUCCUCCGAGUACAUGUCUACGGUAAUCGCCUCUGCAGCCGGUUACCCUGACACCAUGCACUCCGAAGCAGAGGAAUCCAAGGAAGAUUGAAACUUAUUUUACGGUGUUGGUUUUGUUUUGCUUCGUUUUAAUGAAAUAAGAGAUUAUUUGAACAGACAUGAGAAUUGGCAAGAGUCAGUAUUAUCUCCUCGUCUCCUUCAAAAUCAUCACCAUCCUGAAUGGCCACAGAUGUGUUUAACUCCAAAAACCUGGCCGUUCAGGCACAAAAGAAGAUCUUGGGUAAAAUGGUGUCCAAAUCCAUCGCCACCACCUUAAUAGACGACACGAGCAGUGAGGUUUUAGAUGAGCUAUACAGAGUGACCAAGGAGUACACCCAGAACAAGAAGGAGGCAGAGAAAAUCAUCAAAAAUCUCAUCAAAACAGUCAUCAAGCUGGCCAUUCUUUACAGGAAUAAUCAGUUUAAUCAAGAUGAGCUGGCCCUCAUGGAGAAAUUUAAGAAGAAAGUUCAUCAGCUUGCUAUGACGGUGGUCAGCUUCCAUCAGGUGGAUUACACCUUUGACCGGAACGUGUUGUCCAGGCUGCUAAAUGAAUGCCGGGAGAUGCUCCACCAGAUCAUUCAGCGUCACCUCACCGCAAAGUCACAUGGACGGGUUAAUAAUGUCUUUGAUCAUUUUUCAAAUUGUGAAUUUUUGGCUGCCUUGUAUAAUCCAUUUGGAAAUUUUAAACCGCACUUACAAAAACUUUGUGAUGGUAUCAACAAAAUGUUGGAUGAAGAGAACAUAUGAGCAUGUGAGUUAAGAUUGUGACUGCUCAUGAUUUAUUUGAAGAUGGAGCACUGCUGAUUUAUGAAGGAAAAAAGAAUUUUUUAAAGAUUACACACAUUUCAGAAAGACUUCGCCCAAUUCAUUUGUCAAGCAUUAAUGAUAGUGCUUUUUAUAGGGCAUGUUUUGUUUGAAGAAAAACGUAUUUCCAAAAAUUCUAGUGAAAAGCUUCCAAACAGUUAACAGAUCAUGGGGAAAAUGUGUGGUUGGAUAAUUCAGAUACCGAGUUAUACAAAGAAAAAUACGUAUGGUUCCAAACC